CUGAGAUGCACGUCAUCGUUGGAUACGUUGCGUUCGUAUCUGAUAUGGCUCUGCGGCUGCGCUUGGAUGUGGAGUACACUAACUCUACACUUAGGCCGGUCCCAAUAAUGACUGACCUUCUCUUUGACUGCCCGAAACGAACAUUGCACCUUCGGGCAUCUACAGCCCCUCCUUGACCUUUCUCUAUUAAACCAUCGCCGCCCUUCACCCAAAUGCAAUGGGCUCUACAUUCUAUACCCGCAUCUCGCUCACUGUUCUGGCUCGACUCACUGCCUAUCCCCAGCCAGGUGUAUAUCUCAAGCCAGACUGACCACCGAUCUGCCCCGUCACCACCCUCUAUCUAGUAUCCCCCAACCAAACAACAACAACAACAACAACAUACCGCACUCAUACCUUGUUGGACAUCCAUCCCCGGCCGGCCUCACUUUAUCCAGUCCUAGGCAUGUCUUUGUAUACCUUGUCUGGAAAUCAAAUAUGGGGGAAGUCACCCAUGGACCCCACUCCAACAGCCGACAAGGUCGGUUACUCAGCCUGCAACCAGUACGAUAUUCCAAGAUCUGAAGAUGACCUGGGCGAGCAAGAAGAUCUUGUGGCGCGGUUUGCCAGACAGAUGACUAUGGCAGCAACCCAAACGCCGUCCGGCGCAUCUUCGCAAGCCCCGCUCCCCAUCGUCUACAGUAUUACACAGCACUAUCAUCACUCUUCGCAUGUAGCUCAUGGGGGUACUCCUGAUGGCGCCCAGAAGGGGCACGUUCUAAUGUCUUCUGACCCGACCAGGUUGGACGGGAUACUGAUGAGUCAUGACGUUGAUCCCUCAUCCCUUUCAUCAAUGCAACGUCGGCUCUUUGAACAUGCGAUGCCAGACCAACGCGCCCGAUUGCUUCAAAUGUGGCAAAUAUGCCCCGCAAAUUCUUUGAGUAUUGCUGAAACCAUGGAGGGAGGUCAUGCUCGAAACCUGGCAGAUCGACCUACUCGUACUGCGCCUAACCAAACAAUGCAGCCGUCUCACUUUUACGAUGUCGAGAUGUGCGAUCAGGUUCAGGGUGAUAAUAAUGAUGAUGGUCACCGAUACGCCGAGCCUUAUAUGGUUUCCGGCUAUGACGAUAUUGACCAGAAAGACUGUGAGCAGAGAGCUCAUGCAUUCAUGUCGUUAACGGUUGAACCUACCACUGGGGCACCAUACAAGAUCGCAAACGAUCCUGUUUAUGGUAUUGGAGGGUCAGGAGUGGUGUGAGCAACAAGCAGAUUGUGCGUAUUCGGACCCCAAUGCUAUAACGAUAGGUGCAGUCUGUGACUCGAAUCGAGGAGGGACCCAAUCCGCAUUCGUUAUCAUCUUCUAGGGAUUUGAAAUGCCGUGAAUUAUCAGAAAUUUGUUCUUCUAACUACUAAAGUGGUCAUGGCGCUAUACAUUUGUGAUUUUCGUCAUGUGAGAUGGUAUACAGAAAUGGGUCUAUACAUAGGUCAAGAUCAGAUGCCUACAAGCAAGGUAUAGUCUUCGCUUGAACAUGAGUUUUUGAUGGGAUUUUUCAUUUCCUACUUCAGCAACCUAGACCUCGUCAAAGGACAUAAGCUGCUGUCAAGCGUAAUGACCAAAAAUAAA